AUGGCGGCGUUCUCGUCGGCCCUGGCUCCGAGCGUGCGCUCCGUGGCCGCCAUGCUGCCCGGCACCUUCCUCCGCCACUCCCAUUCACCCCUGGGCACGGCACAAGCCAACCCGCGCAAAAAGGUCACCGUCGGCACGUUGCGCUCGCUCUACGCCAAGAACGAGCCCAUCGCCGUCAUCACCGCCCAUGACUUCCCCUCGGCCCUCGCCGCCGACCAGAGCGGCAUGGACAUGAUCCUUGUGGGCGACAGCCUCGCCAUGGUCGCGCUCGGCAUGGAGGACACCAGCGAGGUGCUCGUCGAGGAGAUGCUGCUGCACUGCCGCUCCGUGGCCCGCGCCACCAAGUCGGCCUUUGUCGUCGGCGACCUGCCCAUGGGCUCGUACGAGAUUGGGCCCGAGCAGGCGCUCGCCACCGCCAUACAAUUCGUCAAAGAGGGCCGCGUGCAGGCCGUCAAGCUCGAGGGCGGCCGCGAGAUGGCCGCCACCAUCCACAAGAUCACCUCCGCCGGCAUUCCCGUCCUGGGCCACGUCGGCCUGACGCCGCAGCGCCAGAACGCCCUGGGCGGCUUCAAGGUGCAGGGCAAGACCGCCGGCGGCGCGCUGCGCGUGCUCGAGGACGCCCUGGCGGUGCAGGACGCCGGCGCCUUUGCCGUCGUGCUGGAGGCCGUCCCCGCCGAGAUUGCGGGCAUCGUGACGGACAAGCUCGACAUCCCGACCAUUGGCAUUGGUGCCGGCAGCGCAUGCUCUGGCCAGGUCCUCGUGCAGGUCGACAUGACCGGCAACUUCCCGCCCGGCCGCUUCCUGCCCAAGUUUGUCAAGAAGUACGGCGACGUCUGGGCCGAGGCUUCGCGAGCGAUCGAGGCCUACCGCGCCGACGUCAAGAGCCGCGCGUACCCGGCAACCGAGCACACGUACCCGAUACCGCAGGAAGAGCUCGACAUGUUUGCCAAUGCUGUCGAACAGAGCACUCAUUUGCAUAAGCAGAAGCAGCCGUUCUAG